AUGACAGACUCGGACCGUGUGUACACUCUGGAUGAAGCACUUGAUACUGUUGGCUUUGGUAAAUACCAGGGCCUUUUACUUGCUUAUGGAGCUCUAGGUUGGAUUUCAGAUGCUAUGGAGAUGAUGAUACUCUCAUUUGUCGGGUCGGCAGUUGAGUCUGAGUGGGAUCUCUCUCCCGGUGAAAAGAGCUUGAUAUCGACUGUGGUCUUUGCUGGCAUGCUGGUUGGAGCAUGUUUUUGGGGCAUGAUAUCCGAUAGUUAUGGUCGAAAGAAGGGAAUUCUGGGUGUGACUACUAUUACAGCUGUUGCUGGGCUAUUAAGUGCUCUCUCACCAAAUUACAUAUGUUUAAUUGUGCUUCGUUGCAUGGCUGGAGUUGGUAUUGGAGGUAUGAGCAUAAUCAACACGUGGUUUUUGGAAUUUGUCCCGGCAUUCAAUAGAGGUGCCUGGAUGAUUGUCUUUUCGGGCUUUUGGACAGUUGGGACAAUAUUUGAGGCUGCUCUUGCUUGGGUUGUCAUGCCCAGAUUUGGGUGGAGAUGGUUUGUCGCACUUUCAUCGGGACCUUCUUUCAUUAUGGUACUCUUGUAUGGAUUAAUGCCUGAGUCUCCUAGGUUUCUGUGCAUGAAAGGAAAAACUAAGGAGGCUUAUAGUAUUCUGGAAAAAGCAGCAUCACUAAAUGGAAUAACACUCCAUGCUGGCGUGCUAGUUUCUGAUCAAAAUGGUGAUAAAGAGUUUGCGGCAUCCGAAAAUUGUCAUUUGCUUUCCCCAAGAACAAAUAAAACAUACAUAUCCAGUUUCUCGUUACUAUGUGCACUUUUUUCUCCAAAAUUAAUAAAAACAAACCUUCUGUUGUGGUUCUUGUAUUUUGGAAAUACGUUCUCGUAUUAUGGCAUUAUAUUGCUGACCUCCGAGCUUAGCAGCAAUCAAAGUAAAUGCAGGUUGGGUGCUUUGAGUAUGGUGAAAAGUCUAAACGCGAGCCUUUAUGUUGAUGUAUUUGUUACCAGCUUGGCAGAGGUUCCUGGUCUCGUUUUUGCGGCUUUCAUUGUGGACAGAUUUGGUCGCAAGCUUUCCAUGGCGAUCAUGUUUGUGUUGUCCGCAUUGUUACUUCUUCCAUUAUUGGCCCAUCAGAGUGAGAUUUUGACAACAGCUCUACUGUUUGGAGCUCGAGCAUUUGUGUACCCAACUGAGAUACGAACGACAGCUGUUGGGACAGCAUCAGCUAUAGGGAGGGUUGGGGGAAUGAUAUGCCCUCUUGUGGCAGUCGGGUUGGUUAGCGCCUGCCAGCAAGCGUAUGCAGUCAUACUGUUUCAGGCAUCCAGAACAUGUAAACAGCAAUGGAAUUUGUUGGAGGAGAGAAAAAUGGAAGAAUGA